GCCUGUGCCAGGGUCAGCCCACGGCGGAGGAGCGCUGGGAAGGACUGCUGCUGUAUGUCUGCUCCUCAGUAACGAGAAAUCCCUAUUGCUGCAUCUUCUUACUGUCAACGGGCUUGGGGCACCUCUCGUCCUCUUAGCCACUGUGCAUCGGUCAUUCAGUUUCAGCUUUGUGCAACAUGGCUGGUAGUGUUCUGCUGACUUGUACUUUAUUGCUCAGAAUCGCAGUCACUCUAAGCCACCAGGAAGAACCGCCCCCUAAAAAAAUAGCUGUAGUUGGUGCUGGAAUUGGAGGAUCGUCAGCUGCCUAUUUCCUUAGACGGGAAUUUGGUCAUAAUGUUAAAAUUGAUGUCUAUGAGAAGGGCACUAUUGGAGGUCGACUAGCAACAGUAACUGUAAAUGGUCAGCAAUAUGAGAUUGGCGGCUCAGUCAUUCACCCACUCAACCUUCACAUGCAAGACUUUGUUAAACAUUUAGGGCUGAAGCACAGAAAAGGUGUUCCAGAGAAAUUGGCACUCUUCAAUGGGGAAGAGUUUGUGUUCGAAGAAACUGAUUGGUACCUCCAGGAUCUGUUUAAAAUGUGGUGGCGAUACGGCUUUGGUUUACUACGUCUGCAGAUGUGGGUGGAAGAGAUAGUGGAGAAGUUCAUGAGGAUCUACAAGUACCAGGCCCAUGGCUAUGCUUUCAGCACAAUGGAAGAAAUGCUGCAGUCAUUGGGUGGGGACCGUUUCAUUAACAUGACACGGCGACCUGUGGCAGAGACUCUGCAAGAAUUAGGAAUCUCACAGCGCUUCAUUGAUGAAAUAGUCACAGCUAUUAUGAGAGUAAACUACGGUCAGUCAGUAACCAUUCCUGCAUUUGUUGGAGCAGUAUCAAUAGCAGGGGUCCAAGCUGGCCUUUGGGCUGUGGAAGGAGGGAAUAAACUGGUUUGUUCCCAGUUACUUGAUUCAGCAAAAGUCAAUGUUGUCCACACCACAGUGACUUCAAUUUCUCUGCACUCAUCCGGAGAUAAAUCCCUUUACCAAGUGAACUAUGAAAAUGAAAAUGAAGGCGGCUAUGAUUUCUAUGACAUUGUGGUGAUUGCAACGCCUUUACAUCGGGAAACUUCGAAUAUCAGCUUUAGUGGAAUGACACCACCAGUAACAGACUUUCCUGGUCACUAUCAACAUAUGAUUGUUUCUAUAGUGCAUGGUUACCUCAAUUCGUCAUAUUUUGGCUUUCCGGAUCCUAAGCUUUUUCCAUUUGCAGCAAUUCUAACAACUGACAGCCCAAAGCUUUUCAUGUUUAGUACAGGCUGUAUUUGCCCAGUGAAUAUCACCAGUAAUUAUAGAAGAAAGCAACCACAAGAAGCUGCUGUGUGGAAGGUUUUCUCUCCAUCGCCCCUAACCAAAGAGCAAUUGAAGACACUCUUUCUUUCAUACUAUUCUGUGCAAGUCACUGAUUGGCUGGCAUAUCCUCAGUACACCUCGAUGAAAGGAAUCCCUCCUGUAAUUCUGCAUGAUAACCUGUAUUAUUUGAAUGGCGUAGAAUGGAUAGCAAGUAGCAUGGAGAUGAGUGCCAUUGCUGCCAAAAAUAUAGCUUUGUUGGGGUAUAAUCGGUGGCAUCAACAACUGGAUAAGAUUGAUCAGAAAGACUUGGUGCAUAAAAUCAAAACUGAACUGUGAGGAAGGGUGCAGUCAAAUUUGAUGAAUAAAUGCAUUGUAUACUGCACUUGAAUUUGAACUUGCAAUGCCACUGCUGAAUCUUUCAGUGUUUUAAACUGAUUGUUAAGAAAUUGAAUUAAAAAGACCUUGUUGCUGAUUGCUAACCUGUUACAGUUAACUAUUUCAAAGUUGUGAAAUAGCCAUUUUUUUUCCAAUUACUGACUCAGCUGCUGUUUAGUGAUCUCAACAAGGGAGGUCACAGAUUAAAUAUAGUAUUUUAAGGAAGAUAGGAAGCAUUUUGGAGUUAUCUAUAUCUAUUUGGAAUAUUGUUAAAGCAGAAAAUGCUGGAAAUUCCUCACACAUUAGGCAGCAGCAGCGGGGAGAGAUAAGUUGACUUACUUUAAAUAUUCUUUGAAGGAGUGUAGCACAGCACGGCCUGCAUUCUUUGCCCGUUAGUAUUUGCUCUAGAGAAAAUGAUAGUCAGCUGGACAGAGUAACAAGACUUCAGACCCACUGACAGUGAAGGAAAGGUAGUACAAUUCCAAGUCAGGAUGGUGUGUGACCUUGGGAACUUGCAGUCAGUUGUGUUCCCAUUAUCUGCUGUUCUUGUCAUCCUAGGCAGAAGAAAUUGCAGAUUUGGAAGGUCCUGGCAAAGGAGCAGUGCUAAGUUGCUGUUGUCCAUCUUGUAUUUGUUGCGUACUGCUGCCAUUGUGCGUCAGUGAUGGAGGGAGUGAAUGUUGAAUUGAUAAAUAGGUUGCUGAUGAAGCAAUUUAUUCUAUCCAGAGUUGUUUCAAGCUAUUUGAGUGCUGCACUCAUCUAGGCAAGUAGAGAACGUUCCAUCAUACUCCUGGUUUGUGCCUUGUUGGCGGAGUGGGAGCAUCUGGAAGUGAGUUAUUAGCCUCAGAAUUCCUAUUCUCUGCAACGACCUCUUAUCACAGAUGCUUCAGAGAUAGUAGGAACUGCAGAUGCUGGAGAAUCUGAGAUGACAAGGUGUAGAGCUGGAUUAACACAGCAGGCCAAGCAGCAUCAGAGG